UUCCCAAAAAAAAAUCUCAAUUUCCCUGUAAAGACGCCAUUAUAUAAAAUUUCCCGCCACCUCCCGAGAGUAAUUAGGGUUUACACUUCACACUCGGUAAAUUUAGCCUUUCGAAUCAUCUCAAAAUUCAUACAUUGUGGUUGCUUUUCCUUUUGAAUUCACUGCAGCCCAUCACUAAGGAAGACGUAUUUCAACCCUAAACACUUCUCAAAUCGCAGAAAUGUCCGCCUCAUCAGACUCCCAGGCCUCCGCAUUUUCGGCAGCCGAGUUGGAGUUUCUUGCAGAGGAUGAAAUUAUUGAGAUUGUACCAAAUAUGAGGAUGGAUCCCCUCAAUUUCGUUUCUGGGGAUUUUGGUCCUUUUAGACCACAAAUAGCAACGCAGGUGCCUCUGUGGUUAGCAGUUGCCUUGAAGAAAAGAGGCAAGUGCAUGAUUCGGCCCCCUGAGUGGAUGGCUGUAGAAAAGUUAACACAAGUGCUGGAAGCAGAACGAGAUUCUGAAAAGUUUCAGCCUCUACCAUUUCAUUAUGUAGAAAUAUCAAGGCUUCUUUUUGAUCAUGCCAGAGAAGACAUUCCUGAUGUAUAUAUGGUAAGGUCUCUAAUUGAGGACAUCAAGGAUGUGCGUUUUCACAAAAUUGGAACUGGCCUGGAGAUUAUCUCGAAGGAACGUACUUAUGCACUGAGACUUAAAAAUCUAUCUGCUAUGGAAGCAAAUAUAGUGCGUCCAUUUGUUACAAGCGCUCUGGAGACGUUUUAUAAGCUCAGCAGUCCUGAGAUGAUACAAGAAUCAGACCACCUAUCCAAUAGACAACCUCAAGUAACCAAUCGUGGGCCAAGACGGCAACUGAAAGAUAGAUGAACAAAGAGAUUUCAAAUGCCUUUGCUAUCAUCUCAAAUUACAUCUCAGAGGUAGCUAGCUCACAAGGCUAUCCCAGAGGUACUCCUAGGAAUCUAAUUUAUUUCGGCAAUGUUACUGUUUUCGUGGCUACAUAUUGUGAGAAAUAAUUAUUGAGCAAUAUUCAGCUUCCGGUCAAAUUUUACAUCUUACAGUUAGCAAGUUCAUAAUGCUUUCCAGAUGGUACUCCUAUGUCUCAAAUGUAUUUCAGACAAAUUUAGUAUUGCCAUUUCUAGUAAUUGAAAGAAAUUGUUAGAGGGCAAUGCUUGGUUUCUGUUUAAAACUUCACAAGCCAGUGAAUAUCUUCAUUGGAAAAAACCAUGCCACUUCUCAGCUGCUUUUGAUUGUGAGAUGAACUGGUUUUCAGUUGGAAAAUCUUGAUCUCAA